AUUCCUUUGUCGUUGCAGGCGCAGAGCGAUGAGGAUGACAUGGGAACAGAUGAUGUUGCCGUCAAUGUCGACGGCAAUGUGGGCUAUAUGGACGAAUUCUUUAAUGAGAGGUGAAGCAGGAGUUAGAUGAUAUGAUGACUGAUAUCAAGAAGACAGCGAACAGAGUCAGAGCCAAGCUUAAAGUGAUUGAGCAAAACAUUGAAUCAGAAGAACACAUUAGUAAGGCGAGUGCAGAUCUAAGGAUAAAGAAAACUCAACAUUCAACACUGAGUCGUAAAUUUGUAGAGGUGAUGACAGAGUAUAACCGGACACAGACGGACUACCGUGAACGAUGCAAGGGCAGGAUACAAAGGCAGCUGGAAAUCACUGGCCGUAACACAACUAGCGAGGAGUUGGAAGACAUGUUAGAGCAAGGGAAUCCAGCUGUCUUCACACAAGGGAUCAUCAUGGAGACACAGCAGGCAAAACAAACCCUAGCAGAUAUUGAAGCUCGUCAUGCGGACAUUAUAAAAUUAGAGAAUUCCAUCAGAGAACUGCAUGACAUGUUCAUGGACAUGGCCAUGUUAGUAGAGAGUCAGGGUGAACUGAUGAAUAGAAUUGAGAAUCACGUUCAGGAAGCACAGGACUAUGUGGACACUGCCAAACAGGAUACUAAGAAAGCCAUCAGAUACCAAAGCAGAGCGAGGCGGAAAAAGCUGCUAUGCAUGUUCAUAGGCAUUGCCAUCUUGUCUCUCUUGGCCAUUAUUUUGGUUGUCUACUUCACAACUCAGUCAGAUUCACCAUCAGCUGAAGGAAGCAACCACCACCAUCAUAAUCCUCACCCAACUGCCCCUGUAGAACAAUGAGUUCAUCUUAGGUUACUUUGUUAUCAUUAACUUUUUUUUUUAUAUUUAUUUUUUGUUUAAAACUGUAGAUUUUCAUUGUAUGGUUUUGUAAGUGUUAGAGUUUUUAUUUUAUUUUGUCAAAUGGUGCAAGCAUGUGCGCAUAUACGAACAUGUACAUACACACAUGUACAUACCCAUUUUGCAUGUGCAUAACCACACACAAAAACAAACAAGC